GGAUUUUACUACUGUUUGAAACAAGAAAUCAAUUAAAAAAUGCCCAAGUAAUAAGAAAAGCUACGAGAUCCGAGCUAGAACGGAGCCACAGAUCCUAGAAGGCUAUACAUGUAAUAUGUUGAGAACGUUCUAUCAAUUAUUAGACCUGGUCUUCUCUAUUUUUUAGCCCUAGCACCCAAGGAGAUUUUAUUUUUUACGCUUCAGUAUCAACUCAUGUUACUAAAAAAAUGUCUCAGAGCUCGUGAUCACGCGUUCUACUCCUCAUCACUUCUUUUGCUUCUAAAAUAAUCAACCGGUAUGCUCGUAGCAGCCGAGGUUCUUUACCUUCUUGUCUACCUUGUUGUUGUUUACUGUUCAUUUAAAUUGGCUCUGAAAGGUUCAAUGGCAUUAUAGAGUGGUCAAUGAACAUAUUUAUCCACAGCCAAAGCAAUAUAACUCAAGAUAUACUUAUUCACGAAGAACAACGUCCAGUAUGGACAACAGCAUCAAUCAUCCGGUCCAUUGGAGCUCGCUUCUGUCUUCUACCUAAUUGACUUGGGAAAGUAUAAGACAAGAAAGUCACCUUAUGUUCGCCCAGCCGUUCGUGUCCCCGUCAGUCAUUCAGCCAAGCUGUCACUCAGUCCAUCAAUCAGUUACGUAAUCAGCCAGUGAGUCAGCCAGUCGUCAAUUACGAGUUCUAGAAGCGUUAAGCCGUGGAUCUGACACAUUGGCGAAACCCAACGUGAAUAGCAAGCACCUUUUGUUUUGGUCAAUUUACAAUAGGUUGCUGAAAAUGGUAUAUUUUUGUUUUAGGUAACAAAGUGGCCUUGUGAGUGUACUUGUGCUCAUGGAUUCUGAAUCAGUUCAGGCUGUUAUAGUAACGGUACUUUCUGUCCUUGUCAUCGUCGACAUCAUCGGAAACUCCCUUGUUUGUGUGGUCAUUACAAGGAAUCAAGACAUGAGGAUUCCAAUCAACUAUCUGCUUGUAAACUUAGCCGUGGCGGACAUGAUGGUGGCAGUAUUUUUUGCGCCUUUCCACAUUUUCAUCCACACGUUCAACCAUCCAGAUGGUGUCCUAGGCAGAGUUUUAUGCAGUUUGGUGACGGGUGGAGGCUUCGCAUGGGUUGGAGGUGCUUGCUCCGCAUUCACGCUGGUUGCUAUCGCGAUUGAACGUUACUACACGGUGAAUUAUCCUCAUGGUAACAAAGGAAAACUCACCAAUGCUAAAUUGAAGGUGAUCAUUCCUGCCUCUUGGAUUUUCGCAUUGACCAUGGAAAUGCCAGGCUUCCUCAGUUUGGAUUUUGACAAGACGCUCUCUUCCUGCACCUUGGCGUUCAGUAAAGAGUGGAUGGGGAAGGCUUACAGCGUCGUUUGGUUUCUGGUGUUUGGAGGCCUACCCAUACCAUUAAUGGCUAUUUUGUACUCCACAGUGGUGUACAAUCUCUGGUUUAAACGCAACGAUCAAAGUACACUUACCUACCAACAAAAGGGAGUACUAAAGGUGCGUAAACGCGUUACAUUGAUGGUGGUAACCGUCAGUAUCAUCUUCUCAAUCUGCUGGAUGACUGACGCAGUUAUCUUCCUGCUGAGCUAUCACAGCACCACUAACAGUCCAAGCGAUGUCACUUGGACCAUUGCCGCUGUAAUGAUCCUGCUCAAUUCAGCCGUCAAUCCCUUUGUCUACGGCUUAAUGAGCCAACGAUUCAGAGAGAAGAUCAAGGGAAUGAUCUACUGCAUGACUCGUUCUUCAAACGAGAUUCAUAUUACGAGGGAAACCCAGGAGCCCUUGCCGGCCAACAGCAUCGCACACCCAACACAACUGGUAGAACUACGCUUUAAAGAGUAACGUGCCUCAUAUGGCAAAUUAGAACAUAUUAGAACAAUGGCGCAAGGCUGUUGCAAUAUUUUAAGCGUUGAGUUAUCAACGUUUGACUAAUAUCAGUAGCCAUAUUUAUCAACAGGAUACUAGAUAUACAAGAGCCGUGUAAAAUACAUCAUUUUUCCGAUUAACUCGCCAUUUCCAGUUUCAGUUUUCUUCAGCGUACUGGCAGCAAUUCAUAAGCAAAGCGUAAUUCAUCUCGUGGCUAUUUGUAAAGCGAGUUUGAAAUCAGUAAAAAGUUAAUCUGGCAUAGUUACAGUUUUCUCAGACCAGCAGCGAGGACCUACUUCCCAUUUGCCACACAUGUGGACCUCAGGGAAGCAAUGAGAGUAGGUUCAGAUCGCAUUCAAAACGACCAAGAUGCUGGAAUGGAAGUUCCCAAAAUAAAUGGUAGUGACCUUUCAAAUUCACUACAAAACUAUAUAGGCGGCAUUUCUGAAAUAAAGAGAUAACCAGAGAAUAGUGUUAAAUCAUUCAAAUUCAAUUGAUUGAAAAUACACAUUAUACGUAUAACUGAAACAUUUGCAUUCUUGAAACGUAAUUACCAAACACAUACAUUUUUCAGCGUCAUCUUAUUUCAACAGGCGUGGUUGAGUAAUUAAUUUUGUAAAGGCGUAUAUAGAGAGGAAAUUAGCUUUAGGGUUAGGGGAAAGGCCAAACUAAACAACGUACCAGUGCAAAUGCCAGAUUCAAAACCUCACUGUUAAAAACCUCAAUGCGGAAGGAACGUUAUGGAUGAAACUCUGAAGGGCAAACUCAGCACCAGCAAUCUGACGCUCUCAUGCGUUAGAUGUGACGCUGCCCUAGUGUGGCAUAGUAUUAAAUUAAUAACUGACUUCAAAAGUGGUAAGGGGAAAAUAUGAUACUGGAAGCUCAUUGUCGCUUGAUCGUGAAGUGAGAAGUGUUCUAGAGUCGUUGAGGGAAUUCAACAAUUAAAAGAGGCAACAUCUUGAUGGUACUUUAUAUCACUAUCAAAUCAAAAGAUAGAAUGAAAAAUUAGAAUAUAGACAGAAAAAAGAAUAGAAAAAUAUAAGUUGGUUGUAUAAAUGUUCA